GAUGUCCUAUCUGCUCCAGUCUCCGACUUACAUAUCGUUGUUUUGUGAGAUUCCACCAGAACCUGGAUGUGGAGGGGAAGCCGUCCUGGUAGCGAACAGAGAGUUUCAAAGGGAGAUAAAUCCAGAAGUCAAAGAUAAAUUCAAGAGGCUUGGUAUCCGCCAUACGCAUGUAUAUCCCAGUCGAACAAAGGAUACGUACUUGUCGUGGCAGGAGGUGCUUGAAGUGGACGACAGAGAAAGUGCAGAGCGAGUGAUGAUAAACAAAGGCUUCAGUUACCAAUGGCACCCUGAUGGCUCUAUUGCUUACUGGUACCAUCUACCCGCCACCAGGCCACAUCAUUCAACAGGUGAAGAAAUCUGGUUCAACCAAGUCCAGAGCAACGCUAGCUAUUUCCGGUCACACCCCAGAUGGAUGGAUGCAGACAUUCCGGAUCACAUGAUGCCGUUCCAUACGUAUUACGGGGACGGGUCAGCGGUUGACCCGAACGUGAUACGGCAUAUAAGAAGCGUCGAAUGGAAACACGCCGUCGGCAUGCAGCCACAGAAAGGAGAUCUACUCUUUCUUGACAACAUGCUUGUUCAACAUGGCCGCCUUGGUUACGUGGGCAAGAGACGUUUACUGGUCACACUUAUGAGCGGUCUGUAGAGUGGAUUUUUUUCUGUUCAAACGGAUACAAAAGAUAUGAUACACAGUCUUCGCGACACG